UACUCCAGGUGUCUUUAUCCCCAGCAGCUUUCGCUCUCUGAAGCUGUUGUGGCUGCCAGCGACGUCACAUAAAAACUUCACAAUCACAAUGCGCAGCUCAGACCCAUCCUCUCUUCCAGAAAAGCAUUGAAGCAACUCAUCUAAUCACGGAUAAAGUAUACGACUUUAACAACAAUGGCUCUCUAAAGCUGCCUUGUAAAACCCCGAAAGAUAAAGCCGCGCACAAAGCUGCUUCUCUUCUGGAGUUUGUCAGUUUUGCACGAGAGCUUCCUGUAAGUUUUAAGUGAAAUGGCAGGGCACGAAUGGAAUGAUUGGUUUGAACGAGAGGAACUAAUCGGACAGAUCAGCGACAUCAGAGUACAGAAUUUACAAGUUGAAAGAGAAACCGUUCAGAAGAGGACAUUUACAAGGUGGAUCAAUUUGCAUUUAGAGAAAUGCAAACCUCCUUUGGAAGUGACAGAUUUAUUUCAGGACGUCCAGGAUGGGAAGAUCCUGAUGAUACUGCUGGAGGAGCUCUCAGGCUGUAAGUUGCUUCAUGAAUUCAAACCAUCGUUGCAUCGCAUUUUUCGGCUCAACAAUAUUGCAAAGGUCUUGAAGUUUUUGGAGGAAAGACAUGUAAAGUUGGUCAGCAUCGAUGCUGCUGAUGUUGCAGAUGGCAAUUCCUCCAUUGUUCUUGGAUUGAUAUGGAACAUUAUUCUUUUCUUUCAGAUCAAAGAACUGACAGGAAAUAUCAAGAAUAGAGUUUUGUCUUCCUCAAGCCUCUCCUCUCUGCAGAACAGCACAGAUUCAGAUACAUCACACCCCAGCACACCAACUGAGGAAAGGCUCUUGUCAGUUUCACUGAAGGGUCAAAGGACAGCCAUUAAGACACUUCUGCAAUGGGUACAGAGACGCACAAGGAAGUAUGGAGUGGCUGUUCAAGAUUUUGGAAAAAGUUGGAAGAGUGGCCUAGCUUUCCUGGCCAUUAUUAAAGCAAUUGACCCCAGCUUGGUAGACAUAAAGAAGGGUCUGGAGAAUACUGCUGGGGAAAACCUAGAGGAUGCCUUCAGAAUUGCAUACUAUAACCUGGGCAUUCCUAGACUUUUAGAACCAGAAGAUAUUACCAUUGCUACUCCUGAUGAACAGUCCAUUAUGACUUAUGUCUCUCUGUUUCUUGAACAUUUUCCUGAGCUUGAGGAGGAUGAAGUAUCAGACAUUAUUGAAAAAUCUGUUUCUCCAGUUAAGGAUAAUUCUCCAGUAAAUGGGCUUCAUCAGAAUGGAGAUCAACCUUACGUUGUGAGAAAUGACUGGGUACAGCCCCCACCAAAGAUCUUCAUUUCUUCUGUACGAGAUAAGCCUGAACAAAUGUCACCUCCUGCGUACGAGACUCUAAAUGAUAGACAUAACCAGCCUUGGAACAGUGAAGAAGACUCUUCAGACUCCAUCUCAAGUCACACAGAGGCAACUGCUUAUCCACAGCUGCCAUUAGAACUGAGAGUGGGAGUAUCUUGUGUGGUUCAAAGUGCAAAUUCUGCCCAACGAUCUUUUGUCGGAGGUACACCCGAUUCUUUGUAUGAGUUUGUAAGUGAAGAAUUUGAUGGAAAGAUCCAGGAAAACGAAAAUCGCAGCCAGUUGAAUGGUAGUCAGUUGCCAGUUGUUCAGAAAGGGGAGUUGCUCAUCAAUGGGGAAUUAGUAGAAACUGAUAAAGAUACUGAGGAACCUGGUAGAACCUCUCCAUUACAGGGACAUGCCAGGGAAGAUUACAUUUUUGAAGACCUUUUCAUAGAUGAGAGUACUUUUUCUGAAAUAUCUGAAGCUAGCUUUAAGGUGAAAUCUAAAUUACCUUCAGAGGAAGAAGAUGCUUACAAAUACAUUUUGGAUCUUCCUGAACAAGAAAAUGCCCAGGAGGUGUCCUCAGAACUCUGUGGUGAAGAGGAGAAGGUGGCCACAGUCAAAAAGGCACCUAAUACGUCAGAGUCCGCUUUAGAAAAAAGUGAACCACACAAUGCUUUAGAAGAGAUCUCUACAGUAGAACACAGAUCUAAUGCACUGACAGUACCAUCCAAAUGCAACGAUGCACCAUCAGAAGAGAAUCCAGAAGCAAUGCAAAAGAUUGAUUCCAUUGCACUUGAAAGUAAGCCUGCUUCUGAAGAGCCUUCUAAUAAGGAACUGUGUCCAAUUAAUGGUAGUCAAGCACAGGGUGUAAGUCAAAGUCCUGUUUCAGUAACACCUUUACAUCUUGUCUACUACCCUCACUACAAUGUGGCCAUUACAGACAUCAUUGAAGCAUUCUCCCCGCCAGUCACUGAAGGUACAGAACAUCUCCAGGUUACAAGUUCAUCACGGGAUGUAGUUUCUAAUGUUAAGAGAGAUAUAAAGCCAUGCUCUGAGCUUCAAGGUAACACAUUGCAAGCUGUACCUUCUGCUACAUUGAAUCAAAUGAAUGGAGGAAAUCAGGAAUAUUUGGAGGAUUCCACUAAAGUUGAAGAAAACACAGUGAUGUUUAAUUAUUCUGUUGCUCAGGUUAUAACAAAAACUGACCAAGGUGUAGAUCAAGAGAGUUCUUUUAAUUCUUCAUCCGAACAUACUCACGAAGAACAAGUUGAGGAGUUAGUGCUUGAAGAGGGUGUGGAGGAGCAAAGUGUACAGCUGAAUGCAAAGCCAGAGAUAAAGGGGAAUCUUGAGGUUGUAGAGCACCUGGUUGAAGGCAUGAUGCCAACAGUCAAAGAAACAGAUUUGGGUGAAGAAUGCAAUGAUAUCAAGGAUGGCAGAGAGUCAUCUGAUAGCAAGAGUGGAAUCUCAGUUCUAACAGAAGGACGUGAUGAUGACUUGGAAAACACAGAGCACACAGAAAUCAUAAGGAGGAACAAUGUACACUCUGAAGACUCAAUAACCGAGAGCCACAUUUGCCCCAAGUUGUCCCAUAGGAAACAGACAACAAGUAACCAGAUGAAGGAAAAUGGAAGUGAAAAUGACCAUCUUAUCAGUUCUAAUAUCAGUGGAGAAUACCAAGGUCAGGAGAGCUCAGCAGUUAAAGCAGCAAGGAAUUCCGAAGACCCCAGUAAUGGAACCACUCCAGGGAUUUACCUGCUUAUAUUCCUUUGGAUCCUGGUUUACUGUCUUAUCAUUAUUCCACAGUUGAACUAUGAUUGACUCUUUUUAAUGUACUACUGAUGUCAGUUGGCGUGGCAUAAUGUAAACAUCUCUUUAGUUGAGAUACUCAGUAUAUUUUCUCAGCAGAACAGGCUACUAAAUUAGACAAAGACUGUCCUUACUUUCAUUUUCCAUAUUCUUGCACAUGUUUUUAAAAUCUGGCUUUAAAACAGGUUUAUAUAACUCUGGGAGCGGUUUAGGGUUACAGCAGCUUUUUCUUUUUAUAAAGAACAAGAAUGCUUUGGAAGAUUAAAAGUAAUCCCUAAUUGUUAAUUUGGGUUUUCUGAUAUCAUUAUGAUUUUAGUAGCUGAUUCCCGUGACCAGUAUAUAUAAAACAAUAUAACAAUUACACAUGAAUCGUGCGUUCCCUGCAGUGUGUUCACUGCCAUUAUAAACAACUGCAGUUUAUGAGUUGUAAUAUCAAUCUCAGUUUUCAUGUUAAAUUGAUGUUAUGUUUUGACUAUUAUUUUUGUACUAUAAAUAUGUAGUGAAACAUUUUUAAAAGAAGCUGAACUUUGAAUUUGAAAGCAUCGUUCCACGUGCAAAGUUGCGCUUUGAUAGCAGUAAAUUGCCAAAGAUAUUAAGGCUGGGCCUUUGCUUUUUCUUAAAACUAUUUAUGAUGAAUUCACUUUAUUCUACUCAGCUUCAUGAUUUUAGCCACUCCUGGAGUAUAUUAUUAAUGUUGAAGUUCAGAAAGACAUUCAUACAAGUUUAAAUGUUUGCUAUCAUAUUCUUACAUACCCAAAGCUUUGAAAAACAAAUAAUACAAGCAAAAUAAAACUCUUUGUUAUAUUGUAAUAUUGUAUAUUUCAAUAAGGAUGUCUGUUUUAAAUGUAUUAGUGGAUUAUGUCAUAUGCUUAAUGGAAUGGUUGAACAGCGCAAGCAAUGUAUAAGUUUGUAAUGUAGUAAAUACAGGUACUUUGUCGAUCAUUACUUUGCAGAU